AUGUCUGCCAACAGUCACUACAAACAGAUCCAAGUGUUCAACUACUCGACCAACCGUGAUGAAAUACUUGUGAAGAAUCUCUUUGUGGGCAUAAAUGCCACGGAUCUGAACAUCACUGCCGGACGCUAUUUCAAACACUCGGAUCCGCCCUAUCCCUUAGGCAUUGAAGCUCUGGGACAAAUUGUUAAGACUGGAAGUGCUAUCAAGAACUACAGUGUCGGUCAGUAUCUGGUUGUAAAGUGUGGUAAACUGAGGGGAUAUUCAGAGUAUUUGGUGAUUACCGCUAAUUAA